GAACUCUGGCUUAAUAUAUUUUAUAAUUAUGAAUUCUUAAUAUUUUGACACUUGACUUUUAUACAGAUUUUUUAAUCAUCUGCUGAAGAUUUCACCUCAUUAUGUUCCCAUUAUUGUCCUUGUUCAACAUAUAUACUUGAAUAUUUUUAUUGACAAGUAUACAUUUGCACAUUUGCUCCAUCAAGGGCAGUUGUGGGUAUUUGCUAUAUGUUUGGAAAUUUAUUAAAGAAUGUGAGAGAAGACUUGGACACAUAUUCUUUUUUAUGGCUGGGUUUCAAAAUAUUAAGAUCUUAGGAAAGAAAGCACAUUCAUCUGAAGCUCCUAUCUUGUGUGUGGCACCUCAUUCCACAUUUUUUGACACACUUAUGGAAUUUAUUGGUGGUGUCUAUUGUCCUGUAGUACGUGAACAAAGCAGUUCUACAGCUAUUGUAUCUACUUUAAUUACAUAUACGCAACCUGUAUAUGUUAAGAGAGACGAUCCUUUAUCACGUCAACAUACUAUACAGGAAAUCAGAAGAAGAGCACUUUCAGGUGAUGAUUGGGAACAAAUACUCAUUUUUCCAGAAGGAACUUGUACCAAUCGAACAUGUCUCAUACAUUUUAAAUCAGGUGCCUUUCUACCUGGAGUUCCUGUACAACCUGUUUGCAUUAGAUAUUUAAAUAAGCCGGAUACAGUAACCUGGACAUGGGAUGGACCCGGCGCUUGGAAAGUAAUUUGGCUUACAAUGACACAAUUACAUCAGCCUUGCGAAAUAGAAUUUCUACCUGUAUAUACUCCAAGUGAAGAAGAAAAACAAGAUCCAAGAUUGUAUGCAGACAAUAUCAGAAAUAUAAUGGCUAAAAAACUGUGUGUUCCAACAUGUGAUUUGUCUUAUGAUGAUAUAAAAUAUCAAGUCUGGGCUAAGGAAAGGCAUUUGUUACACACUGUUGGAGUAACAAAAUUAUUAAAAUUAAGAAGAAAAUUGAAUUUGGAAAAGAAGAGUAUCAAAGAAGAAAUUGCCAAUUCCGAAAAUAAAUUAAGUCUGUACAAUAAUUUGAUUACUUGCAAAGAGUUUGCAAAUUUUCUAACUGAACCAGUUUCAGAGGUCAUUAGAGAUUUCUUUGAUGCAUUUGAUCCAAAUAGAUCAGGCUUAAUAGAUUUGAGGAGUUAUAUAGCUGGUCUCUGGCUCAUUAGGCAAGAUAUUGAUGAUGACGAGAAGCUUGAAAAUGCUUUUAAAGUGUUUUGCUCUGGAGUAAAUUAUUCUUUGGGAGUUUCAGAAUUUGAAAGAUACAUGUGGUUAAUAAAAGGCAUAUCAUCAUCCUGGUCAGAAAAAAUAUUUAAAAAAUUAAGCAAAGAUGGAGAAACUUUGGUAUUUGAUGAUCUUCAAAGUAUUCUGUUCGAUAAUAAAUACAUCUCAAAUGGAGCACCACAGACUAAUGGUUCGGUAUCACUGCCGGAUGACAGAAUAAUUUCAGAUUCUGUUCUUAAGACAAAUUGUAAUCAAGAUGAAAAGAAGAGAAAAUAAUUGGUAUAAUUUACUUCUUUCACAGUAAACAUUUAUUAAAUGAUUAUUAGAAAUAAUGAAUGAUAUUUUUUAUCAAAAAUCUGUUUUGCAAAAUGUGCAAAAUUAAUCUGGAUGAAAUCAUUAUAUAUAAUUAGUUGGUUAUUAUGGAAUUAAAUUGAUUGCUUUUUGAACCCAAAAGUUGUAUAAAAUAUCAGUGCCAAAGGCUACUUAACAAAGUACUAUGUAUAUGUAUAUUUAUGUAUUUUGAUAAGAUUUUAUGUAGUUUCUUAAUUUUGUUUUCAUCAGAUUUUAUUAUUUUGAAAAAUUUUAUUUAUUCUUAAUUUUUUAUAUUCAGAUAAAUUAGUGAGAUACAGUCCAGUUUCUAAAAUUAAUGAAUUCUGAUAUGUUUUAAAGUAUUGGAAAUCAUCUAGAUUCAAUUAAAAUAAAUGCUGUAAAAAUAUGUAUUUCAGAAUUUAUAAUAAAUUAUUGUUAUUUUUUAAAUUAUUAAUUAAACUUAAAAAAUUAUACUAAAG